CGUCAAAGGCAAUCGGCUCUAUUAACCACUCUCAUCAAAGGCAGCCUUUACGGUUUUGUUGCCGUUCGGAAUAGGGACUGGAUUUCAGGUUGACGACAAUGAGUGGGACAAUGCCGCCACAUUUCUCGCUCAAAGGCCCUCAAGACGCGACUUUCGUGUCCCAAAAGCACGCGUAUCAAGGUCCGACACGUAACGUUCGACUCCCUAAGGUUUGUUCGAAUGGAGGAGGUGCGAUAGCAAAGGCACCCGAGGGUCAAAAAUGUGUCGUGGCAGGGAAAGAAUCUUUGAGAAUCAUUCGUAUAUUCGACUCGCCACAACAAGAAGACAGCUCUGCAGCGAUCUACAGAGUGACUGGAAGGGGUGGUUAUAGAGUUGAAGCUUCCAAGAAUCUCUGGGAGGGAAGUGGGUUGAAGGUCGAUAGCGCGUUUACGGAUACAGCUUGGUGCCAUGGUCCAUACAGUAACAAGAUCCUCACGAGUGCGCGCAAUGGGGAGCUUAUAAUGUGGGAUCUGAAUAAGACUGGCUCUACAAAAUACGAACGCCGAGCGAAAGACCACUUACGCUCCAUCAAUACCGUCCAGGUGUCAUUACUUGUUCCCAACUAUUGCCUUACGGGUUCUUCAGAUGGUGACCUUCGCGUAUGGGACAUACGCGACCUUCGAAAAUCCAUUAUUCGCAUUCAUCAUCCGACUGGUGUUCGAGGGGUGGUUUUCUCGCCCGUCGUCUUUCAACCAUUACAAGCAGUUGUUGGACUCGAUAAUGGAAACAUUUUUAGAUGGGAUUUGAAGAUUGGUCAACGUGGCAGACUUGAUCGCAUCCCAGUUGCCCAUACCGGAUCCGUCACUACUCUCGAUUGGUGUAGUAACUCGGGAAAUACUUCAGAAAGCACUGGAAACGGUCAUGGAUGGAUUGUAAGUGGGGGUUUAGACCGCUGUGUCAAGGUUUGGGACCUCACACGACCAGGUCCACCUCACGGACAUAUACCCCAUAAGCCUACGUACACACUACACACAUCAUUCCCUGUGAGACACGUUCGUUGGCGCCCUUCCUUUGAUUGCGAGAUUGCGAUUGUCUCCAAUGGCGAUUUUGGGUCAGGGAGUAAUGCUGAUAUGAGCACUCCCACAAUACCUAUGACAGCACUUGGAACUAAUCUCCAUCCCCCUCCAUCCACGACAUCGAGAAUGAGCCCCAAUGUAGGGCUAGGAUUGGAUCUAGAUUCUACACCCGUUCCUCGUCCGAAAAGUUAUUCAGCUGUAGUCGCGAGCGGAACUGUCACGUCUCCCGCAACCCCUAGAAUCACCAUGUCCGGAAGUAAUUCGGGAGCAGGAGACACAGCGGAGAUAUGGGAUGUUCGACGUGGUUGGAUUGCUAAAUGGCAGAUUACUGGAAGUGCUGCGGAAGGUGGAUUGAGCGAUCUAUGUUUUGGAGGAGAUGCACAUGUAGCUUGGGGACAGCAUUUCUCUGGCAUGUUCUCUCAAAUUGACCUUCGAGAUGUAACGAAACCCAUCGAUGCCAUUGGAAGGGUUGCUGUCGACUGGGAAGCAGGAGGCGGAUUGACUUUUGUUGCGGACCGUAAAGAAACGGAUGAAGUGCCUUAUGACGAUAUGAUGCCUGAUGGCCGCAGUGCUUUUGAGGGCAGCAAAACGGUUCACAAAUCAUUGGGCGAUUCUCCUUUUAUACCGGUCUCUCAGAACGUCGGGUCCUUCCAAACUGCAGAGCUGAUGAAUGACACUGCAGUCUUCACCAAGUUGGCCGAGGAAUAUGUUCUCGAGGGCGAAGAUCGGAGGGAUAUAUGUGCAGUUAAUGCUCAGGCGGCUAUUGACGCCGGUCAAUAUCGAACGGCACAAGUUUGGUUACUGGUCGAAGCGUCUCUCGCGAAUCUCAUCACGGAAGGAUCUCAAUCUCAAUCUCGCCUCCAGAGUGCGGUGCAACCGCCCAUAUCCAUGAGUCAAUCAUAUUCGGUCUCAGCUGCUAUAUCUAGCAUGACUGCACUUGACAAAACAAACCCAGGACGACUGUCUGAUCACAGCUCCGAACGGGUGAAUUCUCCCAAUUCCUAUCAACAACUCUCGGGUGGUCGUAAAACGUUUUAUACGCCUUCAUCUUCGACCAAUACAUCUCCCCGUCAGAAUUUAAGUGGACUACCACCUACUCCAAUCACGCAUCGUUUCUCUCAAUUCGGGAGAAGAAAUUCCAUUGACCCGGCAACGUUUGCGCUGACUCCACCACCGUUGAAUCGUCGACCUUCUGCCCACAGACGCCCCUCAAACUCUACUCAUAGUGCCAGUCCAAGUACAUCUAGUCUCAGACACGUCGGUGAAGGUGCUUUGGAUGAUUCGGAUUCUUCGUCAUCUGGUGAGGAAGAGGAUGAAGAUGGUUUUGAAGAUGAUUCAGUCGGGAGAGAUCCUGGUCAUGAAGAAGAGGAGCCUACUGCCUUGCGGCCCUUGGUAUCACCUGCUUUGGGACCUUUGCGAGUAUCCCAUCCAAGCCCUUUAUCGAGGGUAGCCAGUCGACGUUGGACAGAUGGGGAAAACGAAACCGAUGGGAAAGAGGAAGAGGAUGAGGCUUCGCCAUCUCCCCGCUCUACAGAUAGUGAAGGGGAUGGAAAAAAUAUCUGGAGUUCCUCGACCUCGAAACGGAAGCGGCCGGCGUCGAAUCGUCGGUCUUCUGGAGUGAAGCUAAAGACCAGAGGUCGCAGUUCAACGUUGGCAUCCCUUCAGACGAUGUCAUCUCGACAAUCUUCCACAAAAUCCAGUCUUCUGAGACAUGAUUCUUUGGCAAGCAUUAAGACAGUCACGGCGUCUGCUGCGGAUGUCUCUGUCAAAGACUUUGAAGACCAGCCUCCUUCCAAAAUCAGAUCUGAUGAGGCGUCUAAAGACCUGCGGCAUACAAAACACAGUCGAGAUAAAUCACUUGCGAUAUCCGAGCUUGUCUUGGCGGACGAUGGGGAUCAUGCUAGCGUGCGAGAACCUGCAUUAUCUUGUCGGAAUCAAGAAUUGAUCACUGCGGACGAGGAGAGGUAUCGAGAUAUAGUCUGGGUCGCUUUGCGAGAAUCUGUUGACCUCUUUGCUGAUGAGGGUGAUGUUCAACUCUGUGCGAUGUUGGCUAUUCUAGUUCCAGACGAACUGGGUAUGCGACAACGGCGCAGGCUAGCGUUCAUCGAAAGUUAUAUCGAUCGUCUCAGUCGAUUGAGAUUGCAUGUGUGCGCUGCAUACGUUAGGAAGUAUUCUAACAUCGAUGAUGUACGCUCAUUAACAUUGUUAGAGACCACGAUUUAUACCGCCUGUGGACGGUGUCGCAAACCUUUCAUCAUCUCUCCCAGUCAGGCUGCCAGAUCGGGCUAUACCUAUUGUCCAAGAUGUCGCAGGACGACUAGCAUUUGUAGUAUAUGCCGAUUGCCCGUUCAUGGAAUCCUCUUUCAAUGUUCUGUGUGCGCCCAUGGAGGCCAUCAAGUAUGCUACCAGCGGUUCUAUGCUCAGCGAGCAAUGGUACACGUUCCUCAUUCGAUCGUACUUCACGAACCAAGUCCUAGUAAUACGUCUUCCGAAAACGAAACUAUUGCUAGCACGAGGACGUCGCUACGGUCGACUUUUUCGUCCAGAGCGAGCAUUGAUACAACGGCUAGCACGACGAGCACUUCCACCACUACCACGGAGGAAGACGGUGUAUCCACCUGUAGUACUCUUGACGCUUCAAGUGAAGGGGGUACACAUAUGACCACCACAGCGCCUCACUUAGUAGGCCGUCCAUGUGCAGCUGGAUGUGGCCACUAUUGUUGGGUUGCCAAAGUAACUGGAACAUCAGACAUUUAA